CGGAUGUCUAGGGAUGUUUUCAAGACAUUGUCCCAAUUUAUAUCCAUAGUUUGGUCUCUCGGGUCAUCUAUAUCCCAGCCUUUAAUAAAAGAUAUCAACAUACAUUUUUUUUUUUUUUAAUUUAUACUACAGAAUUUUUGAAUUUUGAAAUACAUUGAAGAGGUCAAAAGUCUUAGGUCUGUGGUAACAUCGUCUUUGAAACAGGAAAUUCAGUUAAAUAUUUUUUAAAAAGGUUUUGACAGUAGAGACAAGACAUACAGAAUUUUAUUGAGUAUUAGGAUUAAUAGUUGAAUUUUGUUGCAUCCCAGAACAUGUUGCAUUUAAAAGCAAUUAGAAGUGGAUAACUCAAAAGCUGAAUAAUUGGUGCGAAAAGAACAUUGGAAAGUUGAAGAAGAUUAAGGAAGAAUGGAUGCCGAGUCAUAGAAUCUGAUGUUAUUUAUAUUUCUUAACGAUAAACGUCGCUUUUUUUUUAUAAGACUGAGCUCAUAGCCUAGUGCUUUUCACUCGGCGGUGCACUAGGUGGCGGUAUGCGCCAAAGACGUAUUUCGCCAGAACAGUAAAUGACAAAGAAGAAAAAAAAUUGUAUAUUAGCGCCAUUUUUGAAGCGGUUUGACGGGCGCUGUUGUGUUUGGUUCUGUUUUGUUUUUCUCGCUCAAACUAAACCAAACAAUGGCGGAAAACGCGGUUCCCGUCCGCCCCGUGGACACGAUAUUGGAUUUUUACCGCCAGGAGGUCCUGACCGUCGAAGAGGGGAAGCACUUCGUCAAGAGCGACCUGGUUCCGACUCCGAAGCCAGAAGCCAUUCAAACAGUCUACAUGAGGAUGUUGAAUCUACUUUUUCGUUUCAAAGCAGAAUGUCACUUCAUGGUUCCGCCACUGCAAGACAUUCAGCAUCCAGAAUAUCAAGAAGGGGUGACGAGUAUCAUCAGCGUCUACGCCCGCAUGACUCAGUUUCUCCCCAUGUGUUUAGUGUAUGACUUCGCACUGAGUAACCUUCUAGCACCAAAGAAACAGAAAACACUUUUUAUUUUGAGCGCCAUCAUGAACUUUCUUCAAUUCAGGAAGCUGAGGAUGAACGUUUUGCUGGAGAAGCAGGCCAAAAUUAGGGCGUCUUUGGAGAUGGAACAGACGUACACCAAAGAAGUCCAAGAAGCAGAGACAAACAUCGCAAAGCUCAGUACUAUCCCUCCAGAGCAGCAGGCUGAGGCGAGUCAGCUGGAAGCUGAAAUCUCUGAACUGAACGCAUUCUUCAAGACUGAAUACGAGGAAGUGAAUCGAAUCAACCACCGUAACGACGAGUUGAAAUUAAAAAUUGCAGAGAAGAGACAGAAACUGGCCCAGGUCAAGAUGGACGUAAACGACAUCAAAGAAGACAUAACCAAACUCAAGUCUCAAAUUGUCGAGUCACCGGAAGAGCUGAAGCUCCAAGUGGAGAAGAAGAAGGAAGACGUCAAGAACAUCAAAAGCUCGAUUGAACAAAUGAACGCGUUUGUGGUGGAGCUGCAGAACUCGGUCCAGAGAGUCACCCACACUGAUCUGGAUACCCAGCAGAUGUACAGUUUGCUGCAAGAACUGGAAGUCAGCAUGAACGACAGAAAGAACGUCUAUGACGAGCAUCUCCACCUCACCACUCAGGAAGAGAAAAAGCAGAAGGUGCUUAAGAACCUGUACAAAGAGGUGGAGCAGCUGAAGCGAAGUCUUGGCCUCAAGCUGGACAAGGAGACCAAACAGAACAUCCGCAGGCAAAAAGAGAAGGAGGAAAAGGAGCAGCAUAUCAAAAAUGUCUUGGGACAGUGUAAAGACGUACAUCAGAAGCGUGAGGAAAAGGCCGCCCAGAUCAAAGAGAUCUCCGGAAAAUCACAGCAACUGAAAGUUCAGAUCCAGAGCCUCAAAGUUUCCUGCCGCAAACAGACCGAUGCAGCUCAGGCGAUGUACGACACUGUUUCGGCCGCCAUGGAUGAGCUGGACGACCGAAUCGAGAUGCGGAUUUUAAGUCUGAAAGAAGAGACUAUCAAGAUGCGUGCGAAUUUUCCUUACUGAAGUUCAAAAGCAGGUGCAGAGUUAGAAGGAAUGUGCAUCUUUAAGUGUUUAAAGUGAAAAUGACUUCACCUUAAAGCAAUUGUAACCUGUUUCCAGCUACUAACAAAAGUAUAUGUAGCAGAAAAAUUUUUUUGUUUGUAUUGUUUACCAGGUUAUACAAUAAAGUUCUCCCUGUACUUGA